AUGUGCGAGAAGACGGCGACGAGUCACGGAAGCGGCGUGAAGCUUGCGGACUCAUUGCGCAACAGGCUCGACCCCAACGACACCGGUGACACAAAGGAGGCAGCUUUCGUUUACGACAAGCCGAGCAAGCAUUUGUUCCGCCUCUUCCAACUUACCCAAUCCGAGACUCGACAUCGUGGCAAUGAAACAAGCCUCCGUGGAAGGCUCAUGUCGUUUACUUUUGACCAAGGAGACGGCGAAUACAUGCAGACAUUUACGGCGGCCGUACAAGAAGAUCGCGAAUCGGUAUUGAAGUCUCUUUCGGGCUACAAGAAGUACAUUGCGUUAUCAUAUUUUUGCGGCUCUGCUACCGACCGCUUGCCUUUAUAUUUGGAGAAUGUUCGAUGCAAAACUGAUGAGGAUGCGCCAGGAGAAACAAAUCUCGAAAUCAUAGAGAGCGGCUGUAUUUGGAUCACCACGAGUCUUGGGACGUUCCUCCUGGACAUGCAACGGCAGCAAGGGCGCCGGUUCAUGUGGAUUGAUGCUAUCUGUAUAAACCAGGACUCCGCGGAGGACAAAGGCAGUCAGCCCCCGCGUAUGAACGAUAUAUAUGCAAAUGCUGAGACUGUAUACGUCUGGUUGGGGAUGGCGACUCCAAACGAGGCAAUGGCUUUGAAGAUGAUGCCAAACGUGACCACAAAAUUGAGAAGUCACCAAGGGAGGACACACGAAAGCCUCACCUCAUUCUUGGACAGAACAGGCUUACCGGAGCCCGGCCACGAGAUCUGGAAAGCAUAUGCCAGCAUCUGGACAAGAAACUGGUGGUCCAGAUUAUGGACCUUUCAAGAGGUGGCCAUGGCUACCACAGCUAAAGGAGCUAUCGAGUACGAACGAUUCUACAAGGCCCCGUACGCCUUUGUCUGUUGCGGUGAGACCAAAACUGCGUGGGAGCAAUUCGACUUUUUCUCCGAAGCCUUGGCCGAUGUAGGUCUCUUGUCGUGGCUCGUCACUGGCCAGGAAGAGGUUACGUGGGAUCAUCUACACGGUCUGGAUGCCAUAGCUGAAGUUCGUACCGGCAGGGAAAGUUUGUUGCGGUAUGGAUGGAGCUGCAGCCUGUCCGCUUUGUUAGUAGCUACCCGCAGGCGAGAUGCUACUGAGCCGGCCGACAUGGUCUGGGGUAUGUACGCUCUCAUAGACAAGCCGACUCGCAAGACACUGGCGCUCGAUCCAGAGAUGCCGGCGGAGGAGUCUUUUACACGCUUCGCAAAGCACUACAUCCGCCAUGAGGUAAAGGAGUGUCUCCUCAACCAUACGGCGACGGUCGAGCGAAUGCACGGGCUUCCUUCGUGGCGUCCCAACUUUGCCUCUCAUGAAGAAACGACAUCGAUCGGCUCACGAUGGUACGGCCAUUACCAGGAGCAGGCUUGGCUGAAGAGGCAGAUGCCUUGUGCCGGGUUCCAGAAGAAAGGUAAAUGGGCACUCCCGCGCAGCAAAGCCUACUAUGCCAAGUAUAUUACGAACUCGCUGCAGGGCAAAUACUCUCUAUCGGGGCUCUACGCUACCAACAAUCCUCGUCAGAUCGCCCUUGUACCAGAAUCGAACGCCAUCCUUGUCAGCGGCAUCUAUCUCGACACAAUUGCAGAGAUCGUGCCUUGCAAUGAUGCUGCCGAAUCAGUCUUCUUCUUGUCGUACAACAGCGUCCAGCAGACUUCCCACUGGGAUCAGGCUUGUUUCUCACUCGCUCAACGUACGCUUAGCGAUGACUCUUUACUGGCCACCUCGAAAUCAAAGUACGAUCUCUACGCUCGGACUCUCACAGCGAACCGUGUGGUAUCGCGGUACCGCGAAAGCCUCAAACCAGAAUCAACCUGGGCGAAGGCAUUCCGAGAAGGUCUCUGGUCUGACUCUGACUCUGACGAAGAAGACCAUGAAACUGUCAUUGAUCGUGACCAGAUGAUUGAUUUUGCUGCGCCGUACCUCGCUUUGCGAAAUUUCAUGCAGGCAACGCUUAACAUCGGCGGAACAAUAUCAUCAAAAGACAACCUCGAUCGGGCUACGCAGCAGUUCGCAAGUUGCCUGCAGCUAAUGAGUCGACAGAGGUGUUUCUUCGCAACCAAAGGGGGCAGAAUUGGACUAGGACCUUCAGACGCCAGGCCGGGCGACCAAGUAGUCGUCAUGUUCUAUUGUCCCACGCCGUAUCUGAUCCGGCCUACAACAGGGCCACAGGAUACCCAGGCUUCUGCACAGGGGGAGUUCGUUGGCGAAGCAUACAUGAACGGGUUCAUGUACGGCGAAGCUCUGGCAAUGUUUGACGAGGGAAAACUGCACGAGACAAAGUGGAAGAUCAAAUAA